CCACUUCUCUGCCCUGCGCAAAACCCUACGCCGCCGCCGCAGCCACUUGCCUUGUAUAUAAAGCAAACAAAUAUUAAUAUAAAAAAAAUUAAUAAUAGAAGGAAAUCCCUAAUUCUUCUUUCUAGGGUUUCGUGCUCCAGCCGCCGUCGCCAGGGAACUACUGGGGAGUGGGCAAUGGCGCAAUCGCUGGAGCUUCUGUUGAUUCAGUUUUUGAUGCCUGACAAUGACGCCCGGCGGCAGGCGGAGGAUCAGAUUAAGAGGCUGUCCAAGGAUCCGCAGGUGGUGCCGGCGCUAAUCCAUCACCUUCGCACGGCGAAGACCCCAAACGUGCGUCAACUGGCCGCCGUUCUGCUCCGUAAGAAGAUAACCGGCCACUGGGGCAAGUUGUCGCCGGAGGUGCGGGGGCAAGUGAAGCAAUCACUGAUUGAAAGCAUUACUAUGGAGCACAGUCCUCCAGUUAGGAGAGCUAGUGCAAAUGUUGUGAGCAUAGUUGCCAAAUACACGGUUCCCACAGGAGAAUGGAAAGAUUUGUUGCCAUUUCUAUUUCAAUGUAGUCAAAGUCCACAGGAAGAUCACAGAGAAGUGGCUUUGAUACUUUUCAGUUCACUUACAGAAACUAUUGGGGAUUCAUUUCGACCAUACUUUACAGACUUGCAGUCUCUGUUACUUAAGUGCCUACAGGAUGAGACCAGCACCCGAGUUAGAGUUGCAGCUCUAAAGGCAGUUGGUUCCUUCAUUGAAUUUACUCAGGAUGUGGCUGAAGUUAUCAAGUUCCGAGACUUUAUUCCUAGCAUUUUGAAUGUAUCCAGACAAUGCCUGGCUUCUGGUGAAGAGGAAGUUGCUGUGAUUGCUUUUGAGAUAUUUGAUGAGUUAAUUGAGUCUCCUGCCCCUCUUCUAGGGGACUCUGUAAAAGCCAUAGUUCAGUUUUCUCUUGAAGUGUGUGCAAGUCCUAAUCUUGAUUCGAACACACGUCAUCAGGCUAUUCAAAUCAUUUCAUGGCUUGCAAGAUAUAAAGCAAGUUCCCUCAAAAAGUACAAGCUAGUUGGACCAAUCCUGCAAAUUAUGUGCCCACUACUUGCUGAAUCUACUGAUAGGGAUGAAGAUGAUGAUCUUGCACCUGAUCGAGCUGCUGCAGAAGUAAUUGAUACAAUGGCUUUAAAUCUGUCAAAGCAAGUAUUACCUCCUGUUUUAGAGUUUGCAUCUUUAGGCAGUCAAAACACGAAUCCAAAGUUCAGGGAAGCUUCAGUUACUGCUUUAGGUGUUAUUUCAGAGGGUUGUUCAGAGUUGAUGAAAGACAAACUAGAGCCCGUCCUUCAUAUUGUUCUGGGAGCUCUUAGAGACCCUGAACAGAUGGUACGAGGUGCAGCAUCCUUUGCUCUUGGUCAAUUUGCCGAGCAUCUUCAACCUGAGAUAGUUUCGCACCACAACAGUGUUCUUCCAAGUAUACUUAAUGCCCUGGAGGAUGCAUCUGACGAGGUCAAGGAGAAAUCAUAUUAUGCAUUGGCAGCAUUUUGUGAGGAUAUGGGUCCAGAAAUUCUUCCGUUCCUGGAUCCUUUGAUGGGGAAAUUACUUGGUGCCCUCCAAUCUAGUUCUCGUAAUUUGCAGGAGACAUGCAUGUCUGCAAUUGGUUCAGUAGCAUCUGCAGCAGAACAAGCUUUUGUUCCUUAUGCUGAGAGGGUUCUUGAAUUGAUAAAAAUCUUUAUGGUGCUUACAAAUGAUGAGGAUCUUCGAUCACGAGCGAGAGCAACAGAAUUGGCUGGAAUGGUUGCAAUGUCUGUUGGGAGGGCAAGAAUGGAACCAAUUUUGCCUGCCUUCAUUGAAGCUGCAAUAUCUGGUUUUGGGUUGGAAUUCAGUGAGCUUCGAGAGUAUACCCAUGGAUUCUUCAGCAAUGUAGCAGAACUUCUCAAAGAUGGUUUUACUCCGUACCUUCCCCAUGUAGUUCCAUUGGCAUUUUCCUCCUGCAACCUUGAUGAUGGCUCUGCUGUAGAUAUUGAUGAUUCUGAUGAGGAUGAUCAUGUCAAUGGAUUCGGUGCGGUAUCAUCUGAUGAUGAAGCACGUGAUGAGCCCAGAAUUCGUAACAUCAGUGUACGCACAGGUGUUUUAGAUGAAAAGGCCGCUGCCACCCAAGCUCUUGGAUUAUUUGCUCUUCAUACAAAAACUUCCUAUGCACCGUACAUAGAGGAGACACUCAAGAUCUUGGUGAGACAUUCAACAUACUUUCAUGAGGAUGUUCGUCUUCAGGCCAUAAUCUCAUUGAAAUAUAUCUUGUCAGCUGUGCAAGCAGUUUUCCAGAAUAAUAAUGAAGGAAUUGCAAAGAUAAGAGAGGUUUUGGAUACCGUGAUGAAUAUUUAUAUGAAGACAAUGACUGAAGAUGAUGAUAAGGAAGUUGUCGCUCAAGCUUGCAUGAGUGUAGCUGAAAUCAUUAAUGAUUUUGGAUACAUGGCGAUUGAACCAUACAUGACUCGCCUUGUGGAGACAACUUUAGUGUUGCUUCAGGAGGAAUCUGCUUGUCAGCUGGUAGAAUCAGAUGAGGAAAUUGACGAGGAUGAUACUGAGCAUGAUGAGGUGCUCAUGGAUGCCGUUUCUGACCUACUCCCUGCAUUUGCAAAGGCAUUGGGAAAUCAUUUUGCUACAUCUUUUUCACAGAUGUUUCAACCUUUGAUGAAAUUCUCAAAACAGUCGCGCCCACCCCAGGAUAGAACAAUGGUUGUUGCAACCCUUGCAGAAGUUGCGCAACAUAUGGGUGCUCCAAUUGCCGGCUAUGUUGAUGCUAUUAUGCCCCUUGUGCUCAAGGAAUUAGGAUCGCCCAAUUCAACCAACAGGAGAAAUGCUGCAUUUUGCGUGGGCGAGCUUUCCAAAAAUGGUGGCAAUGCUAUUCUCAAAUAUUAUGGUGAUGUUUUAAAUCGCCUUCAUCCAUUGUUCGGAGGAUCUGAGCCCGACAAUGCAGUGAGGGACAAUGCUGCUGGUGCAGUGGCAAGGAUGAUCAUGGCUCAUCCAGAAUCUAUUCCUCUAAACGAGGUCCUGCCCGUUCUCUUGCAAGUGCUUCCUUUGAAAGAGGAUUUCGAAGAAUCUGCUCCUGUUUAUGGAUGCAUCUGUGAUUUAGUCUUAUCAUCUAAUUCUCAGAUACUCUCUUUGGUUCCCCAGUUGAUUAAUAUCUUUGCUCAAGUUGCUUUAUCACCCGAGGAAACUCAUGAAGUGAAGGUGCACGUAGGCAGGGCAUUUUCGCACCUAAUGUCACUCUACGGAAACCAAAUGCAGCCACUUUUAGGCAAUCUUUCGCCUGCACAUGCUAAUGCUCUUGCAGCCGUUGCCUCUAAGAGCUGACUCCGAUGCAACUUACCUUGAAGAGAUUGCUCGAUUUCUGCUUUGGUCCCAUUAAAGGAGGUCGUAUGGAGUUAGAUUCAAUAGUAAGGUAGUUGUUUCACGUCGCUCUACUGCAGUUUUUGUUGGCUUUUGGGAAACAUCGAUCUCGGUAGAUCUCCCCCGAAUUUUGGUGUGCAUUCUUUGGCAUUUGUGUCCCCUCCUCUUCACCACAUUCUUUCCAUGUCUUUUUCGAGGUUUGUUUCUCUUCAUCAUCGUAGUCGUCGUCAUAUAUUAUUUUCAUUAUAUUUCAUAAUUGGAUUGAUUGAUCCCAAGUAGGGUUUGGAAUCAAUCAGAUGGUGCGUGCUCUUAUGAUAUAUAUAUAUAUAUGUGCAUGCUUUUGGGGUUCUCUUUUUUUUUUUGUUGUUGAUUAAGUUUGAUGAUAUAUAGUCAAUUAUUGUAUUGGCAAAGAUGUAUGGUUUUUCA